CUUGAAUGAAUAAAAAAAUCUCAACAAUGGCCGUAAACGUUUACUCCACAAAUGUAACGACGGACAAUCUGUCCAGACAUGACAUGCUUUCCUGGGUCAAUGAUUGCCUACAAGCACAAUUUUCAAAAAUUGAAGAACUCUGUACAGGUGCCGCAUAUUGUCAGUUCAUGGACAUGCUGUUUCCUGGGUCAGUGCCAAUGAAACGUGUCAAGUUUCGUACAAAUCUCGAACACGAAUACAUUCAGAAUUUUAAAAUUCUGCAGGCUUCUUUCAAAAAGAUGGUUGUCGACAAAAUUAUACCAAUUGAUAAACUAAUUAAAGGUCGAUUCCAAGACAAUUUCGAAUUCCUGCAAUGGUUUAAAAAAUUCUUCGAUGCCAAUUACGAUGGUCGUGACUAUGAUGCCAGUGGUGCAAGAGACGGUGCGCCAAUGGGUUUUGGUUCAGGAUCUGCACCUAAAAAUAAUCUCGGUGCUAGCUCAAAUCCUACACCUUCAUUUAGAAAACCGAUGGCUGCGCCAUCACACACACAAGGAGCAAGUCGCCCAGCUGUUACGCGGCCGACAGUUGUGUCCAAGGUCCCACCACGUGCACCAGUAAGCAGCUCUCGGGGUAUAUCACAACCAACUUCUUAUGGUGUAGCUAAGAAGGCUGCAGAGCCAGUGAACCAAGUAUCAAACCAACAAAUUGAGGAACUAUCAAAUCAGAUGAUGGAUCUGAGACUGAAUAUGGAAGGCCUUGAAAAGGAAAGAGAUUUCUACUUUAGCAAACUGAGAGACAUUGAAAUUCUAUGUCAAGAUGCUGAUGAGGGAGAACCCCAUCCUUUAGUGCAAAAGAUCCUAGAUAUUUUGUAUGCAACAGAGGAUGGCUUUGCUCCACCAGAUGAAAUACCACCCGAGGAUGAGGAAUAUUAAACAAAAUAAGAAAAAAUAAAACAAAAGACAAAAUUCAAUUUAAAAAAAGAAAAAAAAAAAAAAAAAAAACAACUCUCCUGCAUAGAAACAUGACAUGACAAAGGAUUGUUACUAUACAAAUAAUAAUGAUAAAAAAAAAAAAUAAGUGAAAUAACUGAUAUAAAUACCUAAAAAAAAAUUAUAAAUAGAAAAUAGAAAAAAAAACCUUAUUCCAAAUUGAUAUCUAAUACAAAAAAAAAAAAUAAGAAAAAAAAAACAUCCUAACCCCUUCUGGCAGAAGUAGCAGCAGCGGCAUACGGCGGCAGUGUUACGAAUUAGCAGUUCAGUAGGCUUUAACAUAAAGUAACUACACACGAAGCUCCACCAUCACAAUCACACACAGUAACAACACCUAAUUAUAUAAUAUCACUUUGAAAAAACAAUUAUUUGUAAAAAGCAAAAACAAAAAAAAAAAAAAUUAAAAAUAAUUUUUAGUUUUGUCUUGUUUCUUUGUUGUGUUACUAAAAAAUUGAAUUGAUGUAUUCAAAAAUUGAA